CCAGUCUGAGCGGCGAUGGCGGCGGCGGCGGCGGCGGCAGCAGCAGCGGGGGCUGCGGGCGGUCGGGGCUCCGGGCCGGGGCGGCGGCGCCAUCUUGUGCCCGGGGCCGGUGGGGAGGCCGGGGAGGGGGCCCCGGGGGGCGCAGGGGACUACGGGAACGGCCUGGAGUCUGAGGAACUGGAGCCUGAGGAGCUGCUGCUGGAGCCCGAGCCGGAGCCCGAGCCCGAAGAGGAGCCGCCCCGGCCCCGCGCCCCCCCGGGAGCUCCGGGCCCUGGGCCUGGCUCGGGAGCCCCCGGCAGCCAGGAGGAGGAGGAGGAGCCGGGACUGGUCGAGGGUGACCCGGGGGACGGCGCCAUUGAGGACCCGGAGCUGGAAGCAAUCAAAGCUCGAGUCAGGGAGAUGGAGGAAGAAGCUGAGAAGCUAAAGGAGCUACAGAACGAGGUAGAGAAACAGAUGAAUAUGAGUCCACCUCCAGGCAAUGCUGGCCCAGUGAUCAUGUCCAUUGAAGAGAAGAUGGAGGCCGAUGCGCGUUCCAUCUAUGUUGGCAAUGUGGACUAUGGUGCAACAGCAGAAGAGCUGGAAGCACACUUUCAUGGCUGUGGUUCAGUAAACCGUGUUACCAUACUCUGUGACAAAUUCAGUGGCCAUCCUAAAGGGUUUGCAUAUAUAGAGUUCUCAGACAAAGAGUCAGUGAGGACUUCCUUGGCCUUAGAUGAGUCCCUGUUUAGAGGAAGACAAAUCAAGGUGAUCCCAAAACGAACCAACAGACCAGGCAUCAGCACAACAGACCGGGGUUUCCCACGAGCCCGAUACCGUGCCCGGACCACCAACUACAACAGUUCCCGCUCUCGAUUCUACAGUGGUUUUAACAGCAGGCCCCGGGGUCGCGUCUACAGGGGCCGGGCUAGAGCGACAUCAUGGUAUUCCCCUUACUAAAAAAAGUGUGUAUUAGGAGGAGAGAGAGGAAAAAAGGAAAGAAGGAAAAAAAAAAAAAAAAUUAAAAAAAAAAAAAGAAAAACAGAAGAUGACCUUGAUGGAAAAAAAAAUAUUUUUAAAAAAAAAGAUAUACUGUGGAAGGGGGGAGAAUCCCAUAACUAACUGCUGAGGAGGGACCUGCUUUGGGGAGUAGGGGAAGGCCCAGGGAGUGGGGCAGGGGGCUGCUCAUUCACUCUGGGGAUUCGCCAUGGACACGUCUCAACUGCGCAAGCUGCUCCCCUUGUUUCCCUGUCCCACUUCACCCCCUUGGGGGCUGCUCAAGGGUAGGUGGGCAUGGGUGGUAGGAGGGGUUUUUUUACCCAGGGCUCUGGAAGGACACCAAACUGUUCUGCUUGUUACCUUCCCUCCAUCUUCUCCCUAACUUUCACAGUCCCCUCUACCUGCUCCUGUCCUGCCAGAUCUGCCACCCACCCCACCCCUCUUUUCCGGCUCCCUGCCCCUCCAGAUUGCCUGGUGAUCUCUUUUGUUUCCUUUUGUGUUUCUUUUUCUGUUUUGAGUGUCUUUCUUUGCAGGUUUCUGUAGCCGGAAGAUCUCCGUUCCGCUCCCAGCGGCUCCAGUGUAAAUUCCCCUACCCCCUGGGGAAAUGCACUACCUUGUUUUGGGGGGUUUGGGGGCGUUUUUUGUUUUUCAGUUUUUUGUUUUGUUUUGUUUUCCUUUGCCUUUUUUUCCCUUUUAUUUGGAGGGAAUGGGAGGAAGUGGGAACAGGGAGGUGGGAGGUGGAUUUUGUUUAUUUUUUUAGCUCAUUUCCAGGGGGUGGGAGUUUUUUUUUUAAUAUGUGUCAUGAAUAAAGUU